GUCCGUUCGUGUCAUCAUCGUCAACCACAUCCUGCAGUGCGUUCGACGAUUCCAUGACGUCAUCGCAAGGCGUCUAGGAAAAGGAGGCGGAGCCACAAUGGUCAAUAAAAACCCGCUCUCACCUGCAUAGAACUAUCAGUUGUUAUCUGAGAGUUCCAGAAUAAACAUCAACCAAGACUCGAACUUUGACAGUUUUAAUAUACAUAUUUGAUCAUUUUUCGACUGGUAGUGCUUGGAGUAUAUACUAUUCAAGGUUAAGAAGAUGACACAUUCCUGUGUCUCCUGGAAGAUCCUGUGCGCUGUAGGCCUAGUGUUGCUCAUCGAGGGCGUAACUUCACAAUCGAAUCCCUGCCCUCAGGAAUGCGUCAGCCUGCAGGACUGUCCGGAACUGGCCAAGCUCCUGCGAGACCCUACGUUAGCCAGCAUCAAAACGCUGCAGGAGGCGACUUGCUUCAUCGACGGUACCGUUCCCAAGGUAUGCUGCCCGCAACCCAAGGCAUUGAAGGCAUCCUUGCUGCCCAGAAACUGCGGGCAAGGCCCUAGCAUUCGCAGGAUCGUAGGAGGCAUAAGUACGAGUCCUGGGGACUACCCGUGGAUGGCCGUCUUCGGAUAUAAAGAGAUCGGCUUCGACGGCAUCAAGUACCUCUGCGGCGGAUCUGUGAUCAACGAACGAUACGUCCUCACCGCAGCUCACUGUGUCACUCCGGAGCUUUUGGCUGUGAAAUCAUUGGAAGUGAUUCAACUGGGCGACUGGGACCUCAAGCAGCCUGGCAGAGACUGCCAGGGGACCUUCUCGGGUGAGAGCUGCGCAGAUCCAGCCGUCAACGUCACCUACGAGAAAAUCAUAAUGCACCCCAAUUACAACAAGAGAGGCUAUCAGUCAGACGACAUCGCCCUCGUCAGAUUGUCCAGGAAGAUUGACAUCUCGGGUGUCUACAUCCACCCGGUGUGCCUGCCCCACCAGGGCCUCUCGGCCCGCAGUGCCAUGUCCAGGCCCGACCUCCGCAGACCAGAGGCCAUCGUGACGGGAUGGGGAAUCACAGAGACUGGCAUCGGCAGCGACCGUCUCCUGAGGGUCACUGUUCCUUACAUCGAGAAGAGCGAUUGCAAUUCGACUUACAGAGGAAACAUUUUAGGCGAACAGAUCUGCAUGGGAGGAGAGAUCGGAAAAGACUCCUGCGCUGGAGACUCAGGUGGGCCCCUGGUUCUAGGAGGACCCAGAGGGCCCCCUUACCUGCAGAUUGGUGUCGUCUCUUACGGUCCCACCGACUGUGGCCAGAAGAGAAUACCAGGAAUUUACACCGACGUCACUUUCUACAGAGACUGGAUAGAAGCAACGCUACAGCCUUGAGUGACUCUCUUCUGAUCAUUAUCUCCAAGAAUGGGAAGCUUGAGUUUGAGUGCUCUCUCUCUCUCUCUCUCUCUCUCUCUCUCUCUCUCUCUCUCUCUCUCUCUCUCCAUC